AUGGCUCGGUUAGAGGAUGUGAUCAAAGCCCUACCUCAAAAGAGGCUGCCAGAGGGGGAAGAGGCAGAGAAAGCCUUGUUAUUGAACAACAAGGAGAAGUCUUGCAAAGUCUUUUUGAUGGCGGUCCGGCAGGAAGCCGGUAAUAACCGAGGACCUGUCUUCCUUCGCUCGUACACCAACGACCUAGAUGUGCCUGAUAGGGGCCUGGCCAACAUCAAGUUGUGGGAAGCGGCGCGUGCCACCUCCGCGGCCCCUGCGUACUUCAAGCCUCUGAUGGGCAGCGUGAAUCUGGUUGACGGGGGCUUGUUGGCUAAUAAUCCCCUUGGAUGGCUCUGGACCGGAGUCCUUUGUGUAUUUGGUCCAACGCGCGAGACGGACUACUUCCUCAGCAUUAGGACAGGAAUGGCAGCCAACGUGGCCGUCGCCCAGCCCGAAGUUUUCUUCAAAGAAGCAAUGAUGAGUUUCGCCUCCAUUGCCACCAACACCGAAAGUACCCAUCUGCUUUCCCGCUCUCUCGUCGACGUCUUUGCUCCAAAGGCCCAGAAAAGGAAGUAUUAG